AUAGCGGAGGGAUAUCACUCAUCUGUUCUGGUGGUAAUCCCUGAGCAGCAGUAGCUCGCGCGAGCGAGCGAGCGCGGCUGAUACAGAGCGAUAGUUUCCUGUGCAUAGCUCUGGCGUAGAUGAGAUCAAAGUGAGUUCUGUGCAGACGGCUGUCUGUCCACUUUUAACACAACACUCUCGUCUGACCCAGCUGCCACCAUGGCUUUUGUGCCGACGCCAAGCCCAACUGUGGUCGACCAAACCACACUUAUGAAAAAGUACCUGCAGUUUGUGGCAGCGCUCACCGACACUAACACACCUGAUGAAACAAAGCUGAAGAUGAUGCAGGAAGUCAGUGAGAACUUUGAGAAUGUGACUUCGUCACCUCAAUACUCCACCUUCUUGGAACACAUCAUCCCCCGCUUUCUCACAUUUCUUCAAGAUGGAGACGUGCAGUUUCUACAAGAAAAGCCAACACAACAACUGAGGAAGUUGGUGCUAGAAAUCAUUCACCGAAUUCCAACGAAUGAACAUCUUCGUGCACACACCAAAAAUAUCCUGUCUGUGAUGUUUCGUUUCCUGGAGAUUGAAAGUGAAGAAAAUGUUCUGAUAUGCCUUCGCAUCAUCAUUGAGCUGCACAAACAGUUCCGCCCUCCCAUUUCUCAGGAGAUUCAUCACUUUCUGGAUUUUGUAAAGCAGAUUUACAAAGAUCUUCCCAAGGUUGUUUCCAGGUACUUUGAGAACCCACAAGUGAUAGCAGAAAACACAGUUCCCUCCCCUGAAAUGGUGGGGAUGAUUACCUCUGUGUUGGUAAAGACUGCACCUGAGAGAGAAGACAGUGAAACACGAACACACACCAUCAUCCCACGGGGGUCACUGUCCCUAAAGGUGCUGGCAGAGCUGCCCAUCAUAGUGGUUCUCAUGUAUCAGCUAUACAAGCUAAACAUUCACAACGUGGUGUCAGAGUUUGUUCCUCUUAUCAUGAACACUAUCAUGCUCCAAGUGUCUCCACAGGCCAGGCAACACAAGCUUUAUAACAAGGAAUUGUAUGCAGAUUUCAUUGCAGCACAGAUCAAGACUCUGUCAUUUCUAGCCUACAUCAUCCGUAUUUACCAGGACUUGGUAGGAAAAUACUCCCAGCAGAUGGUGAAGGGAAUGCUGCAAUUGCUGUCCAACUGUCCUUCUGAAACUGCUCACCUCCGCAAGGAGCUGCUCAUUGCAGCUAAGCACAUCCUGACAACAGACCUACGCAGCCAGUUUAUUCCUUGCAUGGACAAACUUUUUGAUGAAUCCAUUCUGAUUGGUUCUGGCUACACUGCCCGUGAAACUCUUAGACCUUUGGCCUACAGCACGCUGGCAGAUCUGGUUCACCACGUCCGUCAGAACUUGCCCUUGACUGAUUUGUCUCUAGCUGUACAGCUCUUUGCCAAGAACAUUGAUGAUGAGUCACUACCAAGUAAUAUUCAAACAAUGUCUUGCAAGUUGCUGCUUAAUCUGGUGGACUGCAUUCGCUCAAAGUCAGAGCAAGAGAAUGGCAAUGGCCGUGACAUCCUCAUGAGGAUGCUAGAGGUAUUUGUUCUGAAGUUUCACACCAUUGCACGAUACCAACUUGUCUCCAUCUUCAAGAAGUGCAAGCCCCAGUCAGAGAUGGGUGUGGUUGACCCUGGGGCGUUACCUGGAGUACCAGCCACACCCACUCCAUCUACCACCCCUGCCAUUCCCCCACCUGCUCCUCCCACACCUGUUGCCACGGCACCUGCACCUCCAGCAACUCCCUUUGACCGACCCAGUGAGAAGGAAGAUAAACAGACUUUUCAGGUGUCCGAUUGCCGCAGCUUAGUCAAAACCCUGGUGUGUGGUGUGAAGACGAUUACUUGGGGCAUCACCUCUUGCAAGGCCCCUGGAGAAGCUCAAUUUAUUCCCAACAAGCAACUUCAGCCAAAGGAGACACAAAUCUACAUUAAGCUAGUCAAAUAUGCCAUGCAAGCCUUGGACAUUUACCAGGUGCAGGUUGCCAAUAACCAGCAGACGUACAUCAGGGUGGCCAACUGUCAGACUGUACGCAUGAAGGAGGAGAAGGAGGUUCUGGAACACUUUGCUGGGGUUUUCACCAUGAUGAACCCACUGACGUUUAAGGAGAUUUUUCAGACCACUGUGCCAUACAUGGUAGAGAGAAUCUCCAAGAACUAUGCAUUGCAGAUUGUGGCAAAUUCUUUUCUGGCCAACCUGUCAACAUCUGCUCUAUUUGCCACCAUCUUAGUGGAGUACCUUCUUGAGAGACUGCCAGAGAUGGGCUCCAAUGUUGAGCUCUCAAACCUCUACCUCAAGCUUUUCAAAUUAGUUUUCGGCUCAGUGUCAUUGUUUGCUGCUGAGAAUGAGCAGAUGCUUAAGCCACAUCUCCACAAAAUAGUGAACAGCUCUAUGGAAUUAGCUCAGUCUGCUAAGGAACCCUACAACUACUUCUUGCUCCUCCGGGCUCUCUUCCGCUCUAUUGGUGGAGGCAGUCAUGAUCUCCUCUAUCAGGAAUUCCUACCCCUUCUGCCAAACCUGUUGCAAGGUUUGAACAUGCUCCAGAGUGGCCUUCACAAACAGCACAUGAAGGAUCUGUUUGUGGAACUAUGUCUGACGGUGCCGGUGCGCCUGAGCUCCUUGCUGCCCUACCUACCUAUGCUAAUGGAUCCACUUGUGUCUGCCUUGAAUGGCUCUCAGACUCUGGUCAGUCAAGGCCUUCGUACCCUGGAGUUGUGUGUGGACAACCUACAGCCUGACUUCCUCUAUGACCACAUCCAGCCUGUCAGGGCUGAGCUUAUGCAGGCCUUGUGGCGAACACUUCGUAACCCAGCAGAGAGCAUCUCCCACGUAGCUUAUCGAGUCUUGGGAAAGUUUGGAGGCAGCAACAGGAAGAUGCUGAAGGAGUCUCAGAGGCUGCAUUAUGUGGUGACUGAGGUCCAGGGGCCCAGCAUCAAAGCAGAAUUCACUGACUGCAAAGCAUCCAUACAGCUACCCAUGGAGAAAGCAAUAGAGACAGCUCUAGACUGCCUCAAGAGUGCUAACACGGAGCCCUACUAUAGAAGACAAGCCUGGGAGGUCAUUAAGUGUUUCCUGGUGGCAAUGACCAGUCUAGACGACAACAAACAUGCCCUCUACCAGCUUCUGUCUCAUCCUAACUUCACUGAGAAGUGGAUCCCCAAUGUCAUCAUCUCUCACCGCUACAAAGCACAAGACACACCUGCCCGCAGAACCUUUGAACAGGCCCUCACUGGGGCGUUCAUGUCUGCUGUGAUAAAAGACCUAAGGCCCAGCGCGUUGCCGUUCGUCGCAAGCCUGAUUCGACAUUACACUAUGGUUGCUGUGGCUCAGCAGUGUGGUCCGUUUCUGCUGCAGUGCUACCAACUAGGCAGCCAGCCAACCACAGCCAUGUUCCAUAGUGAGGAGAAUGGCUCUAAGGGCAUGGAUCCUUUGGUUCUGAUUGAUGCCAUUGCUAUCUGCAUGGCAUACGAGGAGAAGGAGCUGUGUAAGAUCGGAGAAGUGGCCCUGGCAGUUAUUUUUGAUGUGGCCAGCAUUAUCCUUGGCUCCAAGGAGAGAGCAUGCCAGCUGCCAUUGUUCUCCUACAUUGUGGAACGUCUGUGUGCCUGCUGCUAUGAGCAAGCUUGGUAUUCCAAACUUGGUGGCGUUGUGUCCAUUAAGUUCCUGAUGGAGAGGCUGCCUCUAAUCUGGGUUUUACAGAAUCAGCUCACAUUUCUAAAGGCAUUGCUCUUUGUCAUGAUGGACCUCACAGGAGAGGUCUCAAAUGGAGCAGUUGCGAUGGCCAAGACCACCUUAGAGCAGCUGCUGGUUCGCUGUGCCACUCCUCUGAAAGAUGAAGAAAAGACAGAAGAGCUGCUGGCUGCCCAGGACAAGUCAUUCCACAUGGUCACUCACGAUCUGGUCCGGGAAGUCACCUCCCCCAACUCAACUGUCAGAAAGCAGGCCAUGCACUCCCUACAGGUGUUAUCCCAGGUCACUGGCAAGAGUAUUACUGUCAUCAUGGAACCGCACAAAGAGGUUUUGCAAGAUAUGGUUCCCCCAAAGAAACACUUGCUCCGUCACCAGCCUGCCAAUGCACAGAUUGGCCUGAUGGAGGGCAACACAUUCUGCACCACCCUGCAGCCUCGUCUGUUCACAAUGGACCUCAAUGUCAUGGAGCACAAAGUAUUCUACACAGAACUCUUGAACCUGUGUGAAGCCGAGGAUGCCGCUUUGAUGAAGCUGCCAUGUUACAAGAGCCUUCCCUCUUUGGUUCCCCUCCGCAUCGCUGCCCUCAAUGCCCUAGCAGCCUGUAAUUACUUGCCCCAGUCCAGAGAGAAGAUCAUAGCUGCCCUGUUCAAAGCUCUUAACUCCACCAACAAUGAACUCCAAGAAGCAGGCGAGGCAUGCAUGAGGAAGUUCCUUGAGGGUGCUACCAUUGAGGUGGACCAGAUUCAUACUCACAUGCGCCCCCUACUCAUGAUGCUGGGUGACUACCGCAGCCUGACGCUCAACGUUGUGAACCGUCUAACAUCUGUCACGCGUCUGUUCCCUAAUUCCUUCAAUGACAAGUUCUGUGACCAAAUGAUGCAACACUUGAGGAAGUGGAUGGAGGUGGUUGUAAUAACGCACAAAGGAGGGCAGCGCAGUGAUGGCAGUCCUGCGUUGGAGGGCGUUGAGGAGAUGAAGAUCUGUUCUGCAAUCAUCAAUCUUUUCCACCUGAUUCCGGCUGCACCACAGACUCUAGUUAAACCUUUAUUGGAAGUGGUUAUGAAAACUGAGAGGGCCAUGCUCAUAGAGGCGGGAAGUCCAUUCAGGGAGCCUUUGAUCAAAUUUCUGACACGUCACCCAUCUCAGACAGUGGAGCUGUUCAUGAUGGAGGCAACGCUUAAUGACCCACAGUGGAGUCGCAUGUUCAUGAGUUUUCUGAAACACAAAGAUGCCAAACCGCUAAGAGAUGUGCUGGCCUCCAAUCCUAACCGCUUCCUCCCCCUGCUGGUUCCUGCUGGCACCACAGCAACUGUUCGACCUGGGUCUCCUUCUACCACCACAGCCAGAUUAGAUCUGCAGUUUCAGGCUAUUAAGAUUAUCAGCAUCAUAGUCAAGAAUGAUGAGGGCUGGCUAGCAGGGCAGCACUCUCUGGUCAGUCAGCUCAGGCGAGUCUGGGUGAGUGAGGCCUUCCAGGAGAGACAUCGAAAAGAUAACAUGGCUGCCACCAAUUGGAAGGAGCCCAAGCUGCUGGCCUACUGCCUCUUGAGCUACUGCAAGCGAAACUACUCUGAGAUUGAGCUGUUAUUCCAGCUACUGAGGGCCUUUACAGGUCGUUUCUUAUGCAACAUGACCUUCCUGAAGGAGUAUAUGGAGGAAGAGAUCCCGCGGAACUACUCCAUUGCCCAGAAACGGGCCCUGUUCUUCCGCUUUGUCGAGUUCAAUGAUCCACACUUCAACGAUGAACUGAAAGCAAAGGUACUACAGCACAUCUUGAAUCCAGCCUUCUUAUACAGCUUUGAAAAGGGGGAAGGGGAGCAGUUGCUUGGACCGCCCAACCCUGAAGGAGACAAUCCUGAAAGUAUUACCAGUGUCUUCAUCACUAAGGUUCUGGACCCAGAGAAGCAGGCCGACUUGCUGGACUCUCUGCGGAUCUGUCUGCUGCAGUUUUCUACUCUGCUCGUGGAACACGCACCCCACCAUAUUCAUGACAACAACAAGUCACGCAACAGCAAGCUGCGACGCCUCAUGACCUUCGCCUGGCCAUGCCUUCUGCCAAAAGCCUGUGUUGACCCUGCAUGCAAAUACAGCGGUCAUUUACUUCUGGCCCACAUCAUUGCCAAGUUUGCUAUUCACAAGAAAAUUGUCUUGCAGGUCUUUCACAGCUUACUGAAGGCACACACAAUGGAGGCUCGAGCCAUUGUGCGCCAGGCGAUGGCAAUCCUAACUCCAGCUGUACCUGCCCGCAUGGAGGAUGGCCACCAGAUGUUGACUCACUGGACUCGCAAAAUUAUUGUCGAGGAGGGGCACACUGUACCUCAGCUGGUUCAUAUACUGCAUCUCAUUGUGCAGCAUUUUAGGGUGUACUACCCAGUGCGUCACCAUCUUGUUCAACACAUGAUUAGUGCAAUGCAGCGACUUGGCUUCACCCCUAGUGUGACCAUAGAACAAAGGAAACUGGCUGUUGACCUGGCUGAGGUGGUCAUCAAAUGGGAGUUACAGAGGAUCAAAGAUCAGCAGCCGGAGUCUGAAACCGAAGCAGCCACUGGUGGUGAAGGGACCAGUGGAGCGGCGGUGAAACGAGGACUCUCUCUGGAUGCUAGUGCUGGACAGGAUGCCAAGAGGUUCCGCACAACAGCCGGAGCCGCCUCCACGAUGUUUGGCCGCAGCCAGUCUAUGCCAGCCACAGAGACCAUGCUCACUAAACCUGUUGAGAAACAGCAUACAGACACUGUUGUCAAUUUCCUCAUCAGAAUUGCAUGUCAGGUGAAUGACAGCACCAAUGUGGCUGGGUCUCCGGGCGAGCUUCUGUCCCGUCGUUGUGUUAGUCUGAUGAAGACUGCCCUCAGGCCUGACAUGUGGCCUCGUGCCGAGCUCAAGCUACAGUGGUUUGACAAGCUGCUUAUGACAGUGGAGCAGCCAGCCCAGGCCAACAUCUCUAACAUCUGCACUGGACUUGAGAUCCUCUGCUUCCUCCUCACGGUACUGCAGUCCCCAGCCAUCCUGGCCCACUUCAAACCCUUGCAGCGCGGUAUUGCUGCAUGCAUGACCUGUGGCAACACCAAAGUCCUGCGAGCUGUCCACUCCCUUCUUUCUCGCCUAAUGAGCAUCUUCCCUACUGAGCCUAGUUCAUCAACUGUGGCAUCUAAAUAUGAGGAGCUUGAAUGUCUGUAUGCCGCAGUGGGCAAGGUCAUCUAUGAGGGGCUUACUAACUAUGAAAAAGCCACAAGCAACACUAACCCCACACAGCUCUUCGGAACACUGAUGAUCCUCAAGUCAGCCUGCAGUUACAAUGCCAGCUACAUCGAUCGUCUCAUCUCCGUAUUCAUGCGCUCACUACAGAAGAUGGUUCGGGAACACCUAAGUCCACAGCAGGCCAAUCCAGGUGUUACUGAAACCAGCACUGUAACUAGUGAGCUGGUAAUGCUGAGUCUUGAUCUGGUGAAGACUCGACUGUCUGUCAUGAGCAUGGAAAUGAGGAAGAACUUCAUCCAGGUCAUCCUCACCUCACUGAUCGAGAAGUCACCAGAUCCCAAAAUCCUCAGAGCUGUCGUCAAAAUUGUUGAAGAGUGGGUGAAAAACAAUUCUCCCAUGGCUGCCAACCAGAUGCCCAACUUACGGGAGAAGUCCAUCUUGCUCGUUAAGAUGAUGACCUACAUAGAGAAGCGCUUCCCUGAUGAACUUGAGCUAAACGCCCACUUCCUAGACCUCGUUAAUUAUGUCUACAGAGAUGAGAGCCUAUCGGGAAGUGACAUCACAUCCAAGUUGGAGCCAGCGUUCCUCUCAGGGCUUCGCUGCACUCAACCGCUGAUCAGAGCAAAGUUCUUUGAUGUGUUUGAUGGCUCCAUGAAGCGGCGGGUAUAUGAGAGGCUGCUCUACAUGUGUUGCUCUCAGAACUGGGAAGCCAUGGGCAGUCACUUCUGGAUCAAACAGUGCAUAGAGCUGCUGUUGGCGGUGUGUGAGCGGAACACUAUUAUUGGCACCAGCUCCCAGGGAUCCAUGCUGCCCUCUAUCACUAACGUCAUCAACCUGGCUGACAGCCACGAUCGUGCCGCCUUCGCCAUGGCAACACACAUCAAGCAGGAGCCACGUGAGAGGGAGAAUAGUGAGACCAAGGAGGAGGAUGUGGAGAUAGACAUAGAGUUAGCACCAGGUGACCAGUCUGCUAUCACCAGAACCAAGGAGCAGACUGAAAGGGAUGCUGGCAACCAAUUACACAUGCUCACAAACCGCCAUGACAAAUUCCUUGACUCACUGCGCGAAGUAAAGACGGGAGCACUUCUGAAUGCCCUGGUCCAGCUCUGCCACAUUUCUACACCUCUGGCUGAGAGGACUUGGGUUCAGCUCUUUCCUCGUCUCUGGAAGAUUCUCUCCGACAGGCAGCAGCAUGCUUUGUCAGGAGAAAUUAGUCCCUUCCUGUGCAGUGGCAGCCACCAGGCACAGAGGGACUGCCAACCCAGUGCCCUGAACUGCUUUGUGGAGGCAAUGUCCCAAUGUGUCCCUCCUAUUCCCAUUCGCCCUUGUGUGCUCAAGUACUUGGGCAAGACACACAACCUCUGGCUACGCUCUACUCUAAUGCUAGAGCAGCAGGCGUUUGAAAAGGGCCUCAGUCUACACAGCAAACCCAAGCAGAGCACGGAGUUUUAUGAGCAAGAAAGCAUUACACCACCUCAGCAGGAGAUUUUGGACUCCUUAGCAGAGCUCUAUUCACUGCUUCAAGAGGAGGACAUGUGGGCUGGCCUAUGGCAGAAGAGGUGCAAGUUUCCUGAAACUGGCACUGCCAUUGCCUAUGAGCAGCAUGGGUUCUUUGAACAGGCUCAAGAGAGCUAUGAGAAAGCAAUGGAGAAGGCUAGAAAAGAGCAUGAGAGGAGCAACAUCUCCCCAGCUAUUUUCCCAGAGUACCAGCUCUGGGAGGACCACUGGAUAAGGUGUUCCAAGGAAUUGAACCAGUGGGAGCCACUAACGGAGUAUGGCCAAUCUAAAGGACACUCAAACCCUUAUCUUGUGCUUGAGUGUGCUUGGAGGGUUUCCAACUGGGCUGCAAUGAAGGAGGCUCUGGUUCAAGUGGAGCUGAGUUGUCCCAAGGAGAUGGCCUGGAAGGUCAAUAUGCACCGUGGUUACCUGGCCAUUUGUCACCCGGAGGAGCAGCAACUCAACUUCAUAGAGCGGCUGGUGGAGAUGGCUUCCAAUCUGGCCAUCCGCGAGUGGAGAAGGUUGCCUCACAUAGUUUCCCAUGUGCACACUCCUCUGCUACAGGCGGCACAGCAGAUCAUUGAGCUGCAAGAAGCAGCCCAAAUUAACGCAGGGCUUCAGCCAGCUAACCUGGGUCGCAACACCAGCCUCCACGACAUGAAGACUGUGGUGAAAACCUGGAGGAACCGACUGCCCAUUGUUUCUGAUGACCUGUCCCACUGGAGUAGCAUCUUCAUGUGGCGCCAGCACCACUACCAAGCGAUCGUAACAGCGUAUGAGACAAAUGCACAGCACGAUCCCAACAACAAUAAUGCCAUGCUAGGAGUUCAUGCCUCAGCUUCUGCUAUCAUUCAGUAUGGCAAGAUAGCACGCAAGCAGGGUUUGGUGAACGUGGCACUGGACAUUCUGAGCCGUAUUCACACCAUUCCCACAGUGCCUAUUGUCGACUGCUUCCAGAAGAUCAGGCAACAAGUCAAAUGUUAUUUGCAGCUGGCUGGUGUCAUGGGCAAGAAUGAAUGCAUGCAGGGUUUGGAAGUGAUAGAGUCGACUAACCUGAAGUACUUCACCAAAGAGAUGACGGCAGAGUUUUAUGCUCUCAAAGGGAUGUUUCUGGCUCAAAUCAACAAGUCAGAGGAGGCCAACAAGGCCUUUUCAGCAGCAGUACAGAUGCACGAUGUGCUGGUGAAGGCCUGGGCCAUGUGGGGCGACUACUUGGAGAACAUUUUUGUCAAGGACCGUCAGCUCCAACUGGGAGUCUCUGCCAUUACCUGUUAUCUCCACGCCUGUCGCCACCAAAAUGAGAGCAAGUCACGAAAAUAUCUAGCUAAGGUGUUGUGGCUACUGAGCUUUGAUGACAAGAACACUCUGGCAGAUGCUGUAGACAAGUACUGCAUUGGAGUCCCUCCCAUCCAGUGGUUGGCAUGGAUACCGCAGCUGCUUACAUGCCUUGUUGGUUCAGAAGGCAAACCCCUGCUUAACCUAAUCAGCCAGGUGGGACGAGUGUACCCCCAGGCUGUCUACUUCCCCAUCCGCACCCUUUACCUGACACUCAAGAUUGAGCAGAGGGAACGCUACAAAAGUGAUGCAUCUGGGCAGCAGCAGCCAACUUCAGUGGGGGCCCAAGCUCACUCAGGUGCCUCUGAUCCAGGGCCUAUUCGGGCCACCGCCCCAAUGUGGCGCUGCAGCCGCAUCAUGCACAUGCAGCGGGAGCUACACCCGACUCUGCUCUCCUCCCUGGAGGGCAUUGUGGACCAGAUGGUGUGGUUCAGGGAGAACUGGCAUGAAGAGGUCUUAAGGCAGCUCCAGCAAGGCCUGGCAAAGUGCUACUCAGUGGCCUUUGAAAAGAGCGGGGCAGUGUCUGAUGCCAAAAUCACACCUCAUACACUCAACUUUGUCAAGAAGCUGGUUAGCACUUUUGGCGUUGGCUUGGAAAACGUAUCCAAUGUGUCCACGAUGUUCUCCAGUGCUGCUUCUGAGUCUCUAGCUCGACGUGCACAGGCCACAGCGCAAGACCCGGUUUUCCAGAAGAUGAAGGGACAGUUCACGACAGACUUUGACUUCAGUGUACCAGGCUCCAUGAAGCUUCACAACCUGAUCUCCAAACUGAAAAAGUGGAUCAAGAUCCUGGAGGCCAAGACCAAACAGCUGCCCAAGUUUUUCCUUAUUGAGGAGAAGUGCCGCUUCCUCAGCAACUUCUCUGCACAGACGGCCGAGGUGGAGAUCCCUGGGGAAUUCCUCAUGCCUAAACCUACGCACUACUACAUAAAGAUUGCAAGAUUCAUGCCCAGAGUGGAAAUUGUUCAGAAACACAACACGGCAGCACGCCGCCUUUACAUCCGUGGCCAUAAUGGUAAGAUCUACCCGUACCUGGUGAUGAACGAUGCCUGCCUGACAGAGUCGCGGCGAGAGGAGAGAGUGCUGCAGCUCCUGCGCCUCCUGAACCCCUGCCUGGAGAAGAGAAAGGAGACCACCAAAAGGCACCUCUUCUUCACUGUGCCGCGAGUGGUGGCGGUGUCGCCUCAGAUGCGUCUGGUGGAGGACAACCCCUCGUCCCUGUCGCUGGUGGAGAUCUACAAACAGCGCUGUGCCAAGAAGGGCAUUGAGCAUGACAACCCCAUUUCCAGAUAUUACGAUCGUCUGGCCACGGUGCAGGCCCGAGGCACACAGGCCAGCCACCAGGUGCUGAGGGACAUCCUGAAGGAGGUGCAGGGCAACAUGGUGCCUCGCAGCAUGCUGAAGGAGUGGGCGCUGCACACCUUCCCUAAUGCUACGGAUUACUGGACCUUCCGAAAGAUGUUCACCAUCCAGCUGGCCCUCAUAGGUCUGGCUGAGUUCAUGCUCCACCUCAACAGGCUCAAUCCCGAGAUGCUGCAAAUAGCACAGGACACGGGCAAACUGAACGUCUCCUACUUCCGCUUUGACAUCAACGACGCGACCGGCGACCUGGAUGCUAAUCGUCCUGUUCCGUUCCGCCUGACGCCAAACAUUUCCGAGUUCCUGACCACUAUUGGUGUCUCUGGCCCUCUGACCGCCUCCAUGAUUGCUGUGGCUCGAUGCUUUGCUCAGCCAAAUUUUAAGGUGGACGGGAUCCUGAAGGCAGUCCUGCGUGACGAGAUCAUAGCGUGGCACAAGAAGACCCAGGAGGACACGUCCAUGCCUUUGUCCCCAGCUGGUCAGCCAGAAAACAUGGAUUCCCAGCAGUUGGUCUCACUUGUCCAGAAGGCGGUCACGGCCAUCAUGACCCGCCUCCACAACCUCGCUCAAUUCGAGGGUGGAGAGAGUAAGGUCAACACCCUCGUGGCUGCAGCCAACAGCCUGGACAACCUGUGCCGCAUGGACCCUGCCUGGCAUCCCUGGCUCUGAGGAGCCAGACGUACACAACACUGUGAAGGAGAUCCUGACACAAGAGUAAGGGUAGUUGCUCCUCACUGUAACGGAGGCUCAGUGACUGCGACUUUUAAAGACUUUUAGAGAUUACACAGUUCCUCAUUCCACCAAUAUUUAUUUUUUAUAACUGAAUGACAGGUUCUCCACCUGUAAAGCCAGUUUAUCUGCCUUCAAAUGGCCAUCGGGCAGUGCAGAUGUUGGUGUCAGUAUGAUGAUCCGGUCAGUGACUUAUUUGACAGUGUUUUAUUCAUGACAGGAAACCUUGAAGCUGUGUCUGUUCUAUUUCAAAAGUUCUGGCUUUGGAUUAGUCUUUUUGGAUUUGUGCUUCUCUUUAGUUAAACAGACAUGAAUUCCUUUUUCCUGCUGAAUGAGGAAUUUUUCCAAUUCUGUAAGUUAUGUAUGCUAAUUAUUUUAGUUUUAUUUGUUGAAAAAAAAAUCCAAAAGGCAUUUUAAUUUACAUUUGUUACAUCAGUCCUGUUGGCUCUAAGAGCAUGUGAGCAAACACAAACUUCAGGGCAACACUGACACUGUUUGAAGCUAUGUCGGCUUAAUUGGACAUAUGCAAUUCCUGAGCGGGAUUUGUAUGAAUGUUUCUCCCCUUUUUGUAAAGUUCCCACCCCAAGUCUCAUCUCUUGCCUUGUAAAUAAGCAUUUUGUUUAAUAAAAUGCUUUUUUAAUGAAUAAGCUUA